GUUACACAUGCGCGGUCACGUCGACGACAGAGCCGAUGACCUGCGACGGAUGACAGAUGAUCUUCAGCAACAGCUGCAUGCUUUACAGAGAUCCUCCUCUCUCCCCGAGCCACGUACAACACCACCUCCCGCCUCAUCAUCUGCUCCACAACAGUCGCCGACGCCAUCCUCUCCCCCCUCGAACUCCACCGACGUCUUACAGCUCAUGUCUCAUGUCGUGCUCAAUCAACAACGGCUUAUGCACGACACUCAUCAGCACCUCUGGCUGAAUUUUAACAACGCCCUGACGGCAGUGCUGACUGCAUCUGCUAACCCUAACAUGGCUACCACUGCACCUCGUGAGUGUUCCGCCAACCCGACUACAGCGACUUCUGCAACGCAGCACUCGUCUGCUUCUCCUAUGUCUGCGGACACUCACCACGAAAAUGAUCGUUCCCUACCUCGCUCGACACCGACAGCGGAGGGCGUCGGAUCACAUGAAUACAAAUACAACGAUAGUAUGGGCGCGUCAGAGGGUCCACUUCCCGACGACAAUAAUAGCUCCUUUGAGCGUAUAACAGACCCACAGUUGUCACGAUGUGCUUCGCCCACAAGUGGCACUGGUCUCAACAGCGUUACAGUGUCCUCAUGUCCGGCUCCUCCGGAUGAACCGCCACCCCUUACCUUAUUACAAAGGAUGGGUCUUCCACUACCAAGCGAGCCGCUACAGACCACGCCUCUUCUGUACAGGCUUCAGCAACCUGACAUACAUGCCUCAUCUUCAGCGAGUACUUCUCAUCCACUAACUCCGUCGCCCACUGCGCAUUUGAAGUCGGCGAAGAUGCCUAUGCCACCUAUGCGUUGUGAGGAAUCACAAGCUGCAGUGAUUCUGGGCCAGUUUACCCAAGUACAUCGCAAUCGAAGGUUCAAUGAGAGUUUGCUGGAAUGGAUGGAGGUUGUACAGUCGGAUGCCGGGACAAUGCUUCCUCACCCUCUCUACACCGGCAAACUUAGUCAUAACGGAUACCUACGACUGGAGUUCGCUACGCUCCAGCAGGCUAGCCUAUUUGCGGACCUCUGGAAUGCGUCUGCUUACGUGACGCAGGACGCUGGAGGCGUACAUGCCACUGUAAAAGAUUGUUUCCCUAAUAUUGAUGUAUCUAUGCCAUUGGACGUACCAGUACAGAAUGAUGAACUUCCCCCUUCCUCUUAUAUCCUUAGCUGGAACGUUAAUGGGUCGUUUGAUGCGAUACUGGACGAUGACAUAACCAGGCAGAUGUUGGAGAGGAACGACGUUGUUUUGCUUCAAGAAACGCACCUUUAUGCGUCAGAACAUUGUCCUUCUCUGGAUGGAUACAUAGUUUUUUCCAAACCGCGACCAACACCUUCACGUGGCGAUUUUAAGGCCCCAUUUGGCGGGGUAGCGACACUGCUCGACAAUAAUGGUGAGUCCUUUGUCAAUAUCCCGUCCGUCAGUCGUGUGCCUCCUCCCGGUGCACGCACACCCGGUGACGCUGUCAGCAAUGACAACCGUGGUGUUCCCUCAUUGCAUGUUGAGCAUGAGGCGGCCUAUGUCGAACGAGACGUGGGUACGGGUAGUAAUAAUGAUAACGGACAACGUCUUAGCGAUGUGCCAGACGACGAGCGCGUGAAUGAUGAUUCCCGCUCCUGGAACACUGUACCUACCCGUCGUAGAAGUAAAUCUAUGGAUGAUUCUAGUCUUUCAUCCCUGUUCCAUGCACGCAAACCCCAGAACCGAUAUGCUCUUACAGAAGAGCAGGUUAUGACUGUCCGAAAAGCCGAGGCGAAUAUGUCGGACAGCGACCGAGCCCGAUUCAAGGCUCGUAUGGACAUGUUUGAUGAUAACAGCAGUUCCGAACAGGAUCAUAUGGGCUCCGAUCCCGAUCCUGAGACUCAUGAAUCAAGUGAGUCCGAAAAUGAAUCUGAGCCUGAAACCCGAAAUAAGGGAAAGGCAGUUGACCCUCGUAACUGGGGUGCUUCUCAGUUGCCCAGACAAGAAUUGAGUAGGCAACAACAGCAAGCAGAAUUGGAGCAUUAUGCCCAAACAAAAAAAUCCAAAAGAGCUCAUGGUGCAAGACCAGUGUUCAAAGGAGGUAGAAACAGCCCAGACUCCUCUUCGGGUGAAGAACAACUUCCUGUUCCCCCUAAGAAAAAAUUCGAGGUUAGAAUUGCCCGAGAAAAGGUUCAUCGUAAAAAAUCCAAGGCUCAUGCCAAGGAAAAACACCGUACUGAGCAUCAUGCAGCUUCGGAAGCUCUCUCUGACCUUGUGGAGAGUCACAUAAAUUCUAUUGUUGCAGGGAAAACGACUGGACCCUCGAAAAAUUUCUCGGAGCCUGAUAGAAUGUUGAGGCCGAGUGAAUUGAUUGCUCCGACAAACCACCUGGCUAAAUUAUUGAAUCCUAAGCCUAAAAGGAAAAUUGGCCGCAAGGGUCGGAAACAUCACAAGGCAAAAUAUGACCCACCAAGCUCAUCCUCGAGUUUGUCGUCAUCUACACCACCAAUUUCUCGGGAUAUAGGUGCGAUGGUCAGCGCGCGACAUUAUGUUAAUGUUUUUGAUGUACAUCAGCCUGACAUCCUAACAACCUCAAAUGGACGCGUCGGCGUACAUAUUCCUCCUCUGCCGUUGGGAUGUCCUUUUGACAUUUUUUAA